GUAUAUAUAUAUAUAUAUAUAAAUGCACACACAGACCCCAAUACACCAUUGUGCCUUCAAAGUCUUGUUUGGAUAGAAUGAUGAUAAGAUCACUACCCCUUCCUCAAUCUUCAUCUCCUUUCCUUCUUGAACACAACGAUCUUCAGUCUUCAAGAUCACCAUCAACCAUAUGUUAUUCUUCCAGAAACAACGCUUAUAUACCCAAACUCGAACCUUUUAGCAGAACCAAGUUCGACAGAGUCGUUAAAGACCCUCCUUUGAUUCAAAAAUCCGAAAACGAACUUGCAGAUUACUGUUCAACGCUCGAAGGGGACCCUUCUUAUAGCUGUUGGAGAGCCUAUUUCGAACUGAAAGAACUUGAAAGUGAGACUCCAAAGGAAGAUGUGGAAAGGUUAAUCCUGCAAGCAGGUGGGAUCAAAUCUCUAAUUGGAUGCUUACACGGAAUUUCGGCAAUCAGUAAACGGAAAAAAGAAUCCAACGGAUCUCCAAAGACAUUGAACGCCGAGAAGAAAGAGGAGAGACCUUUUCCGGUGCCAGAUGGGUUGCCAAAAUCGCAGGAAGAGAUGGAUGAGGAAGAGAAAGGCAGAAUGCCAGAUUCACCAUUCACCAGAAUGCUCAGAAAUAAAGGGAGGUUCCCUGCUUGGUACUCCCCUGCACCUGACCACGAAACCGAUUGAUAUAUGCAUGAACUAGUUGGUAGUACAGUAUAUGCAAUGAGUUUUGUGUUCGUUGUAAAUUGUUUUAUAUUUUGUUUAUGGAUUUUAAGCUGCGGGAUUAUAUUUUUGUUUUUGAAUUAUGUGAUACUAGUUGUGGUCAAGUAAGCUCUUAUGUGUAAUACUAGGUUAAUCAUAUUUAAACUCUGUAAAAUUUCUGCCAAGUUUUAAUAAUGUGAUGAUAUAGUUUAAACUUCAA